AGCAACAGGCUCCUGCAGACUGAAGCACAACGAGCCGAGUUAAAGUUGUUCACCGUCCGGCGGCCGCGCCACCGUGGAGCCCGCAUGGUUCGAUCCCCUCUCCUGGUAGUGUGACUGGGAGCGGACAGUGGGAAGAUCGCAGCCUCCGCGGUGUGUUUUUUAAAGAGAAUAAGCGUAUUUGUUCGAGGCCGUGGUAUGGACGAGGCCCGGCCUACCAGUGGUGCUCCGGCCCACGGGCUGGUGCCGCUGUUUCCCCCCGGACUGCAGGCUAUCUACGGGGAGUGUCGGCGACUUUACCCCGAGCAGGCGAACCCGCUCCAAGUUACAGCCAUCGUCAAAUACUGGUUAGGGGGACCUGACCCGCUAGACUACAUCAGCAUGUACCGGAACUCGGGCUGUGCAGCUCAGGACAUCCAGGAGCACUGGCACUAUGUCAGCUUCGGACUGAGCGACCUGUACGGGGACAACAGGGUUCACGAAUUCACAGCAGCAGAUGGACCCAGCGGGUUUGGCUUUGAGCUCACAUUUAGGCUCAAAAGAGAAGUUGGAGAGACGGCACCCCCGACCUGGCCAGCUGAACUCAUGCAAGGCUUGGCUCGCUACGUGUUCCAGUCAGAAAACACAUUUUGUAGUGGCGACCAUGUAUCGUGGCACAAUCCACUGGACAACAGUGAAUCUCGUAUCCAGCACAUGUUGCUCACGGACGACCCACAGAUACAACCAAUUCAAACUCCUUUUGGCACAGUGAGCUUUCUCCAGAUUGUGGGUGUGUGUACAGAGGAGCUACAGGCGGCCCAACAGUGGAACGGCCAAGGGAUUCUGGAGCUGAUGCGUGGAGUCCGAGUAGCUGGUGGUCCUUGGCUAAUAACAGAUAUGAGGAGAGGGGAGACCAUUUUUGACAUUGAUCCACACCUACAACAGGAGCGAGUGGACCAAGGAAUUGAGUCAGAGGGCUCUAACCUAAGUGGGGUCAGUGCCAAGUGUGUGUGGGACGAUCUGAGUCGACCGCCAGAGGACGAGGAGGACAGCCGAUCCAUCUGCAUCGGAUCACAGCCACGCAGGCUCUCCGAAAAAGACACAGAGCAGAUCAGGGAGACCCUGAGAAAAGGACUGGAGUUUAAUAGUAAGGCAGCACUACCACCAAUCAGCAGCCAGAGACAGAGCCAUGAGAGGCCUCAGAGUCGGAAGGACAGUUUGGAGAGUGAGAGUUCAGCGGCCAUCGUUCCACAUGAGUUGGUCCGAACGCGUCAGUUGGAGAGCGUCCAUCUGAAAUUCAACCAAGAGGCAGGCACGCUGCUGCCCCUCUGCCUGCGGGGUCGGUUGCUCCAUGGAAGACAUUUCACUUUCAAAAGUAUCAAUGGAGACACAGCCAUAACGUUUGUGUCUACGGGAGUUGAAGGAGCUUUUGCUACUGAAGAGCAUCCAUAUGCAGCCCACGGCCCCUGGCUUCAGAUACUGUUGACCGAAGAGUUUGUAGAGCAAAUGCUUGGGGAUUUACAGGAACUGAACACUCGUGAGGAGACAAAGUUACCAAAGGAGUACAGUUGGCCAGAGAAGAAGCUGACGAUCUCUGUCCUUCCAGAUUCUGUGUUUGAUAAUCCACUGCAAUGAGACCAAGACAUUUAAUCACUAGAAAAUACCAUCGGAAAAUACCAUGCAAUCACACAUUUCCAGAGUGGACCAUCAUGAACUGAAGGCCUCCCAGAACAUGCAGCGACACCCAAGCUGCUGGGGCGCAUAGAUGUGUUGUUCCUGCAGUGGAGAGCCUGAGACUGUUUCAUCCCAGAGGACUAUCAGAAGACUUUUGACUGUUACUGCAAUCUCAGACUAACCCCAGUGUUAACAACAUGAAUGCCUCUAAAAAUGUCAAAUCCAGCCUGUCCAGAUGGUUUACCUGUUAAAACAAUCAUUAUAGGUGUCACAUUUUCUAACCUGCAAAACCGGAGGCCCAUUCCUCCCGUAAGGCCAGGUCUGACAUGUAUGUCACAAAUGUAGCUGAGCAUGAAUCCUGCAGACAGGAGGUCCCAAGCAACGACUGAGUCAAAGUUCUCAUAAACUAGUUCUAUUUAUUCCAGUGGCCUUAGAAAAAGGCUGAAUAGUCACAUGUUGAACCAUUUUUGUCACUAUUGUUUUCAACUGAGCUAACGUGUAUAGUAUUUACAAAUGCUGGACAUUUUUCUUAUGUUUGUGGUCAUACCAAAGUUAUAACCUGCCAGAACUGUCCGUGUCUUAAAGGUGUCAUGAUUCUGUAGUACGACAUGACGGGUUGAACUACCAUUCACUGCCUGUUGGUCUGGGAAAACCAAACGAGCAUCUCAAACCUUGUGUAGAUAUUAGUCAAGCGCUACAGGUAGAACCACCUCUGUCCCCUGUGCCAAGAACAGGGGAUCCUGUAUUGGGUAAUAGUUUUUUUGAAUGUGUCUUUUUUCCGUUUUCUCAUGCUCGACUCUGCAUGUGUUUAGUUAUGAAAGUAAAUCUAUCACCUCUGUGAAUUUUCAACAACUAGGAUUCUGGGUUCAGCGUCCUCUCUCAAGUGUCCUCCCCAGUGGCCGAUGAAAUGUAAAAUGUGUAUUUUAAUAAGUAGGACCUGCUUGGAGCGAAAUUCCACAGUGCCUUGUAUUGACAAGCACCACAUACUCGCUGUCGACGCUUGCCUUCAGCUCUUGGAUUGUUGAGAAACAUCACUUUGAUUCAAGGCUGCUGCGUUCGCUGUCUUUCUCUGAUACCGUCAGUGCAUUCCAGGUUAACGCCAAAACUAAGUAAAGACUACUUUUCUCCUUAAAAAUAUACUCUUAUACAAUCUUUUUUUUUUUUUUUUAACUCAAGAGUGUAAAAUGUAACGUUUAGACAUUGGUGAUGUGGCAUUUUGUAAUUUCUAUCUUAUUGACUGAACUGGCUGAUUGUAAUCCCAAGUGCAUUAAAGAGUGUAGAUAUUUACACAAAUAAAGCUGGAACACUAAUGCA